GCUGUUGAAGGGGUGCUGUUGGCACGUGUGCAAGGUGGGUCAUUUUGUAACCAUUAUUUUAGUGUCGUGUGCUAAACACAUGGCCAGUUCCUCAUGUGACUUCUUGCUGUGUGGGUGCAUGUGAAGAAUUACCGGUUGGCAUUAUGGUCGAUGGCAUGACUCUUCUUUGGAGGUAUUCGAUUGCCAUCACUUGAUAAAUUAACACAAGUCAUUUUGCCAUGGCUCUGGGCCCAUUGGCAGUGGCAGCAGUGGCUGCAGUGCUGCUGGCUCUGGCAGGUGGUCAGUCGGCACCAGCCCUGGCACCAGUCCCAGUAAAGGUCAGCGGCACCUACAUCAGCCGCCUGCUGGCUGACUAUGGAGCCGAUGGUGGCGGCGGCGGGCUGACAGCAGCCGGUCUGCAGCGCCUACUGAAGCAGCUGGGCAUCAUUCGGCACUGGCAUGGACUGGCCGGCGACCACGACCACCACGACCAUCAUGACCACCACGACCACCAUGAUCACGACCAUCACGACUCAGAGCACACCGAUCAUGAGCACAGCCAGCGUGCCCCGGCCGACCACGAGAGCGGCCUGGAGCACCGCGACGGCGGCCAGCCUGGCGGUACCAGUCUGCUGCGGGAGCCCGACCACCAGCACAGUCUGAGCCACGACCACACAGACCAUGACCACAGUGCGGACCACGGAGACCACAACCACGCAGACCAUGGUCACGGCGAAGGCCACAAGAACGGCACAGACCACGAUCACGCAAACCAUGAUCACGCGGGCCACGACCAUGCAGACCACGCGGGCCACGACCAUGCAGAUCACGCGGGCCACGACCACGCAGACCAUGACCACAGCGCGGACCACGCAGACCAUGACCAUGCAGGCCAUGACCACGCAGACCAUGACCACGCAGACCAUGACCACGCAGGCCACGACCACGCAGACCACGACCACGCAGACCACGACCAUGUAGGCCACGACCACGCAGGCCACGACAAUGCAGGCCACGACCACACAGACCAUGACCACAGCGCGGACCACGCAGACCAUGACCACGCAGGCCACGACCGCGCGGACCACGACCACGCUGACCAUGACCACUACCACGACGCCCACUACCAUGGUGACCACGACGCCCACCACCAUGGUCCUACCGUGAAAACUCCGGCCGAGGCGCCACCCUCCCGUGCCAGCAGGGAACUCAGUCGACGAGACACUUCAGCGGUGGACCCGGCCGGUGCUGCCGCCGUGGCGGACGGGAAAGGCGCCGCUCCGGCCUCGUGCCCGGACGCCGCCGGUCUGCUGCGCGAGUUCGGCCUGCGCCCGGACGCUGCCGUCUCGGCACGGGACGUGGCCCUGCUCUGCCCAGCGCUGCUGUACCACGCCGCCGCGGACACCUGCGCCGUGGUCAGCGCUGACGGCCUCGGCGAGCCGGCGCCUCCGCCGCCCUACACCGUCCCACCGCCGAAACUAUGGCUGUUUGCCGGCCUCUCGGUGCUGGCCAUCAGCCUGUGCGGCCUGGCGGGCGUAGCCGUGGUGCCCAUCAUGCAGCGCGUGGUGUACCGCCAGCUGCUGCAGUUCCUGGUGGCGCUGGCCGUCGGCACACUGGCCGGGGAUGCGCUGCUCCAUCUGCUGCCCCACGCUCUGACUAAUCACGCGGCGCACGGCCACGGCGACUCGGAUGGCCACGACCACGGCCACGGCGAGGAGGGCAGCCACCUGGACGCCGUGCUGAAGGGACUGGUGGCACUGGUCGCCCUGGUGUUCUUCUUCGCCGCCGAGAGGGCCAUCGGCAUCCUGCACGGCACUUGCACACGGGACAAGCACAAGAAAAUCAACAAACGGCUGGCGGAGAUGCCGGGCCUGAGCCGGGAGCAGACCGAGAUGAUUGAACGCAAGCUCAAAGACUAUCGUCACUCGGCCGGCGCCAACCACUGCUUCGGCGACCGUGACACGGAGGAUGUUCUGGCCCGCCUGAACACGAGCCACGAGCACGACUCGUGUCCGGUCGGAGACGGCGACCCGGACGCGGACAAUCACAACCAGACACCGGACUGCGGCAGCCAGCAGGCGGCGGCCCCGGGCUGCGGCUCCCAGCCGGCCAGCCGCACCAAUGGACACCGGGCACAGGCGCGGGACAGUGAGCCGGGCACCUCUGGCAGCGGCCGGCCGGGCCAGCGCUCCGACGACAACUGCGAGCGCUUCAACGCCGACGAGCCGGUGGCGCACAGCAGCGACUUCACGGUCAUCAUCCACGAGCACGAGCAUCGGCAUCACGGACACACGCACACCCACGGCCACAUCCACGAGCCGGGCGGCUCGGCCAUAGCCGUGGCCGGGAUGGUGAUCGUCGGAGAUGGACUGCACAACUUUACCGACGGCAUGGCCAUCGGAGCGGCGUUCGCCGCCGGUCUGGCCAGCGGCCUGUCCACCUCGGUGGCCGUCUUCUGCCACGAACUGCCGCACGAGAUCGGCGAUUUCGCGGUGCUGCUGCAGUCUGGCAUGUCAGUGCGUCAGGCGCUGUUCUACAAUGUCGUCUCGUCGGUCCUCUGUCUGCUCGGCAUGGUGAUCGGACUGGUGCUGGGCAACAUGACCGCCUUCAGCUCGUGGGUGUUUGCCGGCGCGGCAGGAUCGUUCCUCUACAUCGCGCUGGUGGACAUGGUGCCGGAGCUGACGGCCGGCUCCAGUGACUCGGGCUCCGGUCCGUGCAGCCAGCUGGCUCUCCAGCUGGCCGGCAUGGGCUGCGGCGCCGCCAUCAUGCUCACCAUCGCCAUCUACGAGCACGAGCUGCACUCUCUGAUCACGGUGCUGUGAGCGCCGGCCCGCCGAGCCGGCCGUGCUCCCAGGUGCCUGUCCUGCUGCUCUCUAAGGAGCUUUACCGGCCGGCCGAGCUCUACGGAAGUACCGUGCUCUCAGCGGCCUAGCUUGCUGUUCAAGUACCGUGCUCUCAGUUCCCAAACCCGCUCUCUAAGCAUCUUGCUCCAUGGUGCCUGCCCCGCUCUCUAAGUUCCGUGCUAGGCGCCUGUUCUGCUCUCUAAGUACCGUGUUAGGCGCCUGCCCUGUUAAGUACUGUGCUGGGCGCCUGCCCUACUCUUUAAGUACUGUUCUACCUGUCGGUAACCUGCUCUUACUUAAAGUAACCUUAAGUACUUAAAGUAACCUGCUCUCUGAUCAAUAUGAAUAUGAUCUCUCUCUCUCUCUCUCUCUCUCUCUCUCUCUCUCUCUCUCUCGCUCUUUUUCUCUCCCUUCCUCCCUCUCUUCUCUUUCUUAUCUCCUUCUUUUUCCCUAGUUUGCCAGUUGACUGCGAAAAGAAGCAAUCAACUGACAUAGUACUUAAACAUGACGUAGCUAGUCUAGUCUCACGCUCUCUAGUAGCCCACCGUGUAGAAGCAUGAUGUAGCUAAUGUGUUAGUGUCAUACUCUUUUUAGUUGUAGCCCACCGCCUAGCGGCAGACGGGACGGGGUGUUGUCUGCGCCUGCGGUCGCUGUGACCCGAGCUGUGUCGUACGGUGGGGAGACGCCGCCGCCACCGGUAAUCAUGACAAGUAUUAGCGCGCUGGCGCUACUCGUUUCUGCGUGUGACGCGGUGCCGCUGGGCCGCGCUGAGUCGUGCCGCCGCUGUCUGCUCUCUCGGAGCCGUCUGUUUGUCUGUCUGUGUGCGGGUGCGGCAGGCGGUCUCGGCGCCCCGGGGCUGUCCGCUCCGGAGGUGCGCCCUGCCGUCCACCGUCCGCCGCCCACUCGGCUCUCUGGCGUCACCUGCAGUCGGAAGGUGUGGUACGUGUAUGGUGAAAGGAGUGCCAUAUUUUUAAGCUUUUGGGUGAGUGUGUGCCUCAUUUUCAGACAUCACAUGAUUUUUGUAGUUAUUAUUUUGAAUAAUCUGGUCGUAAUACAUUUUCAUACGUA